GUCAACAAAAUGUUGUACGUCCUUUUGAUAGUGAUUGGUGCGUCCUUCAUCGAACAAGCUCUUAGUUUGCAGUGUUACGUGUCCAACACCCACCCCCUGAGUAACAAUUUUAUCGAAAAUACUAUACAAGAUUGUGAUCCAUACCUAACAAAUGCGGCACAACCCUUUGGAGCACCUGAUUUAAAUUUAGGUACUUUUUUAGGUACUUCCAGCCGCUGUUACACAAUGCAAGUGACAACAAGUAGCCCAAUAGCCAAUUUCGCUCUAAAAGGCUGCGUUCCGGCGGGCCUCUGCGACUUCAUUGUAAGGCCGAUUGCUGAGAGACACGCUCUUGAGAGAGGGGUAACUGUUGUAGCAACAAGAUGCGAUCAAUGCGCCCAACCACACUGCAAUCUUUAA